UCUCUUAUCUGGCACUUGGCAAUACAGACUACCGUAUUAGCCCUUCAGUCUCAUUACUUGCUUUGUAAAUAUUUGCAUUACUCUAGUGGAUAAAAUCGGAUUAAGUUAACAGUCAGCUCUUGUUUUAGUUUUCGUUUUAUUACCAUUACCACUUUAACUUACUGACAUUGGUAAACACUGUGAAAGCUUGUGGUUAAAAGACAGUCUAUUAAAGUGUUAGAGUUCUAAAGAAGGAAGGUGGUCCAAUGUCUGUCCAGGAAUAAAACAUUUCUGACAGGGUUAUCAUUUUGAUUGAGAUGAAUUUAAAGAGGGAAACAGCAAUGCUAAAGUGAGGAUUUCUAAAAAUAAAAGAUGAAUAUAAAGAGUUUCGAAGGAUAUAGAAACAAUUGGAAAUAAGAUGAUUUCAACUUGAGAUAGACAUCAAGACGCAAGGUGCAGCUAUUACUGUCAGCCAUUAUAGAUGAGCUGUAACACGGAUCUCGUGCAGACAUCUGUCAACAAGAACAGCUAUUCCAUCCAGAUAUAUCUAACUACCCAAGAGACAAAAAUAUUUAUUAUGCUACCAGACAAAAAUUACAACCUACUGUAAUAUCACUUAUAUAUGCAAAACUCCAAAGUAACUUUAAAAGCUUUUUCUCAGAGAAUAAUAAUCACAGCAGAUUCAAUGAUCAAUCUUUUCCGACAGGAACAAAAAUCUCAUUGUGAAACAGUUUGUUCAGAAAAUAGCUUUUUGUGGGAUGAAAUUGAAUUGAAAUUUUAGACAUAUUUGUUCAUACAGCAGCAGAUGUUCUGACACUGGCAUGUGAAUAAUUCAGAUUGGAUAUUAUUUAUUAUACUUGGGAUUGGAUUUGCUUUUAUUGACUGGAUUUUUUUUUUCACCUGUGGAUACGUAAGAUUAUGUUAUAUGGGGAAUCGUGACCAAAUGAGGGUAAAGAAAAGUUUGUUUCAGCAUGUAAGGAUGAAAAGAUUCAAUCCCAGUGGUGCUACCUAUCCAGAUCCUUCUAAACCUCCCGAUGGCGAGGUUCAAAAUAAUGUUACAGAUGGAUCUAAACGUGUUAAGACAUCUACGUCAUUCGAAAGCUUGUUUGACAGUGAGACUCUGAGUGAUUUGACUAUAAAUGUGAACAAUGGCCAAUAUGUGUUCAAUGCUCAUAAAAUGAUCCUUGGUCUGAAAAGUGAUGUUCUGGCAGCCAUGUUGAAUGAACUGACGCCUGCGUCUUCAGAGGGCGAAAAACCCACCCUGUGUGUUCAGGAACAGCAAGAAUGUGCUAACGUGUUUUCAAGAUUUCUGUAUUUCAUAUACAGUGGAACGGUAUGGUUACAUAGGGAUUAUGUAAUAGCCUUACAGCGGCUGGCUGAUAAAUAUGAAAUUCAAGCGCUAUUGCAACAUUGUGAAAACUACAUCACGCAGAUUCUAAACAACACAUUGGCAGGGUGCGACAUCCCUACACGAGGAUUUCCAGUUGAAACUGUAUGCUUGCUUCAAGAAGAUUCGUUACAAUCUUCGGAAGUAAAGGAUCUUGCAUUUAAAGUGCUAUGUCUGUGUUUCCGUGACUUAGCGUCAUCAGAAAGAUGGCCCCUGUGCUCCUGGCAACUAGUCUGUGAUCUUCUCAAAAGUGAAUACUGUCAAGCUGAAGAAAAUGUUAUUCUGACGUCUGCUACUGACUGGAUGAAGAAAAAUAAUCUCAAUGACAAAGCAAGGAUUGAGGACAUACUGAUUAACAUAAAAUAUCCCCUGCUACAUAAAAGAGUGCUAUAUAUGAUGCAGAAAAAUGGUGCAUUUAAAAACUUUCCAAGAGUGCAGGAGUUGUUAAAUAACGCUGUAAAGUAUCACUGUUUCAAAGACAUUCCAGAAGCACAUGGGGACUUUGUUGGACCUCAGUUCACUCCGCGGAGGCGAUUACCUCCAAUUUUUGCAGGUGAAAACAACAACUAUGCAGUUGAAGCUAGUCCAACAUCUAUGAGAUACUCAGAUACGUCAAGUCGGGAAGACAUGUCAUAUCUCAGUUCUGCUGAUGCCACCCUUAUGAACGGGGCAGAGCCCCCUUAUGACACUGGAUCAUUCUAUGUUAACAAACCACCUAGAUGAUAAAUAUAAACUCGGAGAAGUAAAUACUGUACUGUUUUUAACUGAUGUGCUCUUAUGGCCUUAU